AAAUGAACUUUGUUCUUGUAACGACUGACAGCUGAUGCAGUGAUAAGAGAAUGAAGUCUAUAAAGAUCUGGCUGUACCUUGGGAAGUUCUAUUCGGGGCUCUUCCAACCUCCUCUGCCCACGGCUGCUCCUCGGUUGAAGGGGCAGCUCAUACUGUGAAGAUGCACUGUUUGAAAACUGCGGUGUUCCUUUUGCUCUUCUCACUGCUGCUCAGUCAGGUGCACUGUGCUUCCCUGCACCAACCACAGCCUGCGCUGAGACAGAAGCGGAUGACGCCUUUCUGGAGAGGGGUCUCACUGAGACCUGCUGGAGCCUCAUGUAGGGACAACAGCGAAUGCAUUACAAUGCUAUGCAGGAAGAACCGCUGCUUCCUCAGAACGGCCUCCGAGUGACCUGCCAUGAAGAACAGCCGCCCCGUUACUGCUGCCAUGGCUCAGCUCUACUUGGGACGUAUUUAUUGACCACUCAGAAGCUACGACAGCAAAUCCACAAGAAGUACAUUCGACUUUCCUGUCACAGAACUGGCAAAAGGACUUCAAAGAGAUGGAGAGCAUUUGCUCACUGAGGCUGUACCUCCGCAGCACGCACUGAGGAUGACUGUGGCCAAGCUCAAUAAAAGGACUCUGCAUCUCA